AGCCUGGCAGAGCUUUGAUAACAUUUGUCAUCAUCAGACUAAAAGAAUCAAGAAUGUUGCUGUUUGGCUGAGGCACACUCUCUUCACUCAAAAUGGUGUCCCUUUCGGGCUUCUCCUUCCUGCUCCAUUGACUACCUCUCAAGUCUCAAUAUAAUAAGCAGGUUGGGACCAGCCAGGUAUUGAGUUACGCCUAGUUUCACCUUUAACAUGAAGUUGAAACUAAAGAAUGGAUUGCGUUCUAUAGUACCUAUCCCCCAUUUGCAAGAUGAAUCAGCCACUCGCUUUUGCAUGUUUUCAAAUGUGAAGCCAGCAAGAUACAGUCCAGGAAGUGCACCCGUCUAUCUUAACGUAUAUGAUUUGACAUCCAUGAAUGGCUAUUUGUACUGGGCAGGAGUUGGUGUCUUCCAUACUGGAGUAGAAGUGUAUGGUGUUGAAUAUGCGUUUGGAGCGCAUGAAUAUCCAACGAGUGGCGUAUUUGAAAUUGAACCUCGGCAGUGCCCUGGAUUUAAGUUCAGAAAGUCAGUUUUCAUCGGGACAACGUAUUUGGAUCCCAUCCAGGUUAGGGAAUUCGUGGAGCUACAAUCUUCAAACUACAGCGGGGAUUCGUAUCACCUGAUUAUGAAGAACUGUAACCACUUCUGUGAGGAUAUAUGUUACAAGAUGACUGGAAACCGCAUUCCAAAAUGGGUGAACCGGCUAGCAAAAAUAGGAUCACUGUGCAACUGCAUUCUCCCAGAAGCCAUCAAAGCAUCAUCUGGUGUGGAGAAAGGUCCAGAUUUCCCGGGAUUUGACAGCGAGAAGAGAAGGCUUAGAAGCUCUUUCAGGUGCUUGUCCUCGAUUUCAAUGCGCCACAGCCGCAGGGACAAAGAAGUAUCCAUAUCGUCGCUGUUCUUGCACUCCCACUACAGAGACUGUUUACUGCCCCGAAAAUUCAGAACAUCUAGAAAUGGAUCUUUCAGAGAAGGGUGAUUGAGUGUUUAGUUUCCAGUUUCUAUCUAGAUAUCCUGGGUUAGAAUGCAUGAAACUUUGCCACUAGCUAGCUCUCUCUUUAGCCAGGGCAAAAGUAUAAGCUAUUCUGGUUUUUGGCUUACUUGUUUUCCUGCUCAUCAUUUUACCAGUUCAAGGAUUGGAUUGGAUUGUAUCCUACAGCCUCAGAUGCAAAAACUUUUAGUUUUGGUAGUAAAACUCUUGUUUGUCUACUAACAAUUUAUCAACAAGUUAUUUACAUUAAUUUCAGCUA